CGUGGCGGCCCCAUGGCCCCGCAGACCUGCUCCCCGCGGCUAGUCCUUCUGUUCAGUGGAAAGAGGAAAUCCGGGAAGGACUUCGUGACGGAGGCACUGCAGAGCAGACUUGGUGCUGACGUCUGUGCUGUCCUCCGGCUCUCUGGGCCACUCAAGGAGCAGUACGCGCAGGAGCAUGGCCUGGACUUCCAGAGGCUCCUGGACGCCAGCACCUACAAGGAGGCCUAUAGGAAGGACAUGAUCCGCUGGGGAGAGGAGAAGCGCCAGGCCGACCCAGGCUUUUUCUGCAGGAAGAUUGUGGAGGGCAUCUCCCAGCCCAUCUGGCUGGUGAGUGACACACGGCGGAUAUCUGACAUCCAGUGGUUUCAGGAGGCCUAUGGGGCAGCGACGCAGGUGGUCCGCAUGGUGGCAUCGGAGCAGAGCCGACAGCAGCGUGGCUGGGUGUUCACACCAGGAGUGGACGAUGCUGAGUCAGAAUGUGGCCUGGACGACUUUGGACACUUUGACUGGGUCAUCGAGAACAACGGAGAUGAGCAGCACCUGAAGAAGCAGCUGGAGAACCUGAUAGCAUUUGUCCAUUCCAGACUCUAG